AUGCCCCUCUUGCCAUGCCCUGUGCGGCUUGGCCUUGUGAAGGAUGGAGGCCCGGCGGAGCAGUUACACAAAUACACUCUGGAAAAAAACCUUCAAAAGAUGGAAAAACUGCUCAAGAAAGGUGUGCAUGUUGACUCCGUCAAUAACCUUGGCCAAACACCGCUGUUUUGUGCAUCUCUCCUGGGGCUGACGACCGUUGUUGAGCUGCUGCUGCGUUACGGAGCUGACCCAAAUCAUCGCUGCGAAGACAGGAGCACGCCGGUCCAUGCCGCUGUAUUCUCAUGUAAACCCUGGUUGCUAAGCGGAGUUCUGGACGCCGGUGGUGACUUGCGGCUGCACGACCAUAAGGGCCACACGCCGCAAGACUGGGCCAAGGCGGGGGCUCAGGAACACAGUCAGAGGAUGGUAGACUUCCUGGAACGCUGCGUGUCCCACAUGCAUAGCCUGUCCCAGCCCCUCCAGCCCCAGGACCACCGCAGGACCCCCAGCUCCUCCAAAACGCUGCUGCGCUCCCCGUCCCUGCUGGAGAUGUUCAGGACAGGGGGCUCUGACCUCCACACGAACCGAAAGUUGAGCACAAAGGCGUCCCUGUAUGACACAGUCCAGUGCUUUGGCUUUGGAAAGUUGUGUGUAGACAGGCCCAAGCAGCCCCUGGGUCUCCUGGCCAGUUUGCCCCUCAUUGCGGACAGAGAGUUAGGACAGGCCGAUGAUGAGCCCAUGGUCACCUACACCUGUGGAUCUUUCCUCAAAAUGACCAAUUACAGCUGGAAGGGAUGCCGGGUGACGGUGAAAGAGCUGCAAUCCCACAGUGCACUGCAACGUGGCAAUGAAGUAUGUUACCUGGACCUGCUGAUCACUGAGCAACAAUACUGCAGCCAGCUGUCCCACCCCCACCUCCUGCUGCUGAUGGCGGUUAGCAUGAGCGCUGACGUGCAGCGGAUCCGCUUGGUGUUCGAGAGAGUGCACAUCGGAUCCCUCCACACCCUCUUGCAUCACGGGCAGGAGCAGUGUCCGGUGCUGCAGGCGGAGGGGGUGCUCUCCUUGCUGCUGCAGGUGUCUGAGGCCCUGCUGUACCUCCACGCCCGGGGCCUGGUGAUGAGGUCCCUGUCCUCCCACGCCGUGCAGGUGGUCCACCCCGGGGUGGCCAAGGUCACCGGCCUCGGGUUCGCCGUGCCCAGCGAAAGUGGGGGCCCUGGCAGCCGCUGCCGCCUGCCCCUCCCCCAGGGACUGUACAACUGGGCAGCCCCAGAGGCCAUCAGAAACACGGCCUGCACUGGCAAGGCCGAUCUCUACAGCCUGUGUGCCCUCAUCCAGGAGCUCUUCACAGAUGCGGUGCCGUGGGGGACGGUGGACCCCAGCUGGAUCAGGCAGGCUGUGGAGUCUGGCCAGGCCCUGGCGCCGGACCGGGGCAUCCCCCAGCCGUACUACCAGCUGGUGAGGGCCGGCCUUCAGCCCAGCGCCCAGGACCGGAGCAGCAGCCUACAGGACCUGUGCUACCUGCUGCGCUGUGAUAUAAGGGAGCUGGCCCAGAGUGGAGGGUGGCGGGGGAGCGGGCUGUGUCUGGAGACAGCAGGGCCCAGGGCCUGCAGCUCAAAGCCCACAGAGAGCGGCGACGAAGCAGAGACGGGCACUGAGCCUGACGCGGUCAGAGACGAGGAGGGGGCCCUGCGUCCCAGGCAGUCCGACGGCACGGUGACCCGGGAGAUCGAGGCCCAGCUGAACCAGCUGGACCAGCUGCUGCACAGACAGGAGGAGGAGGACCUGAGCACUUCUGACCAGUCCUCGCUGCAGACCGCCUUCCACGAAACCCUCUCACUGGACGACUCCCGUCUGUCCCUGGAGCCCGGGGUGGGCAGCUCCCGGGACUCCGGGUCGGACAGCAGCUGCGGGGGGGUGCGGUGGCGGGACGUCCCGGAGCCCGAUUCGGAGGCGGAGAACAUCGGCGAGAUUGUGCUGAACCUGAAGGUGUCGCACGUGCUGCUGCAGCAGUCGGAGAGCAGCCUGCGGGCCGUGGAGGCCGCUCUGGAGGGGGGCCGGGACGGGGGGAUGGGCGUGGACGAGGUGGACAGGGGGUGGAGAGAGGGGGGCAGAGAGGGGUUUUCAGGGCCCCAGUCCGCACACGACCUCGGCAGAGCCACGGGACCCCCGUCCCGCUCCUACCUGCCCUGCCUCAGGGGGCACCCAGGGGCUGGGACCCCGCAGGGAGGGGCCAGCGCACAGGGACGCCCCGCGUGGCAGAGGUCAGAGGUCGAGGACGGGGAGGAGGAGCUCAGCUUCUACAGCUCCGCCCAGGAGGAGAGCUUCGUCGACACCCACCCCAGACACACCCAGAGUCAGAGUGAGAGUGAGGGCGACUCGGACUUCCACACUGUAAACCGCACCUUCAGCAUGACCUGUGGAGCCCAGGAGGAGGUGAGCCAGACGGAGGAAGAGGACACCUCCGAAUCGGGCUACGCCCAGACCCCUGACGGGACCUCCAGCAUGUUCUACACCCCCAACCCAGAGCUUCAGCCACACCCCACGGGGAGGUGCUCGCAGACUCCCAGCUCCGACGGGGACCUGGAGGUUACCAUGGAGGUGUGUCAGCCCGGCCCAGGCCCUACAGGAGGAGCGGCCGCGGAGCCCAGGAGGCCUCCUCAAACUCACACCGCGAACGGCCCUCCGCCGUCCGAGAGCCGUUCUCCCGCGGAGGAGGCCGCAUUGACCAGGGCCGCUGACAGCCAGCGCGCCCCUUUCUCCGUCGCCAGCGGCCUCCCAGAUCUGGCCGACCUGGCGGAACUGUCCAGCAUCACAUGUUCGCCCACCCAGCAUCAGGAGUGGGCGGGCCAAGCCCCACAGCGGCCCAGCCCACUCAGCAGACGCCCCGCCCCCUGCAACAGCACACCCCGAAGCCCAGUGGGAAGCCCCCACCACAGGUCAGUGGACGCCCAUGCGGAGCCCCUCCCCCACCUGCAGGGUCUGAUGGAGACCAUUCCCUGGAGCAACACUCCCUCCCUGCCCCUCAGCACAGAGAGCUUCGCCACUGCCACCCCCGGAGACAGCAGCACGACGGAGCCCUCGGCGUCCAGCGUCCUGCUGUCGCCCACAUGGGGAGCCCCCCACCCCCCCACCGGCCCUCCGGAGGCCAGCCUGGCCAUACGCCCCGGACACCGCACACCGGCCGCGGGGGCGGACGCCUCGGAGGGGGGGGCCCAGACACCCGCGAGGGGGGCAGGGGCCGUGAAGGAGAGCGGAGGGGAGGGGCCCCCCGCCGCAGAGGUGGAGGAGGGGGAGGGGGAAUCGGAGCGCUCCAGCCCAGGUGACUCAGAGCGCGGAGACACCAGCGCACCGGUGGAGCGGCAGUGCCCCGGCGGCACUCACACCGAGGGAGGUGAGCUGGUCCACCCACACAUCACGGCUCUGUGUCCUUAUAACACCACUCCAUCAGCAGGCCCAUAUAAAGGCCACAAGUAUGGCUGUUAA